UUUUCAAUUUUAUCAUUUAACCUUGAAAAGCUAAAGCCACGAAAAUUAAAAACAAAAAUCGACCAACGAUAAUUUUUAUCUUUUCAUAGAUAAAGAAUAUAAAAACAUUCGCAUGUUUUUCGAAUAUGUGCAAUACACACACAGCCAAUACACAUGAAAGCACUAAGCGCACGUAAAUACAUACAGAUAUUUGUCUACAACGUUGCCACAUUUCACUUUGACGCCAUUAAUUUUUUUUUCGAUAUUCAUCGCAUAUAGAAAAACGCAGUUUCCAAAGAUUUUUCGAUACGCAGCGUACGUUAAUACAAAAUGUUCACAUUUAUUUAUGUAUCUCUCUGUAGAAUUAACCUUUUUCAUAGCCCACACCACCACAGCACUUGCCACCCACUUUGGGUUGGUAGGUCCCCAGCAAUAUUGCACCUGUUUUGCAUUUUUCUGUCAACAACACAAACUACUCAUAUUCGUGCAUUCGUAUCGCUUGCAUUCGUGCAAACCGAAAAAUACUUCGGCCCAACGGUUCGGUCGUUCAGUCGGUGUCCUCAGACAUGCCAAUGACACGAAGAGGUCUUUCAACGCAUAUGCGAAGGGUUCAUUGAUUAUUAUUUGUAUGUAUGCUGGAAUCAAGUUCUUUGCGCUUUAAAGAUUGCAUUCACCUCGUUAGCAGUGCAGCCCACGCUGUUCACUAGUCGUCGUCGUACAUGCUUCGUUUAACGGCGGCCAUUACUGCAAUGGAAAUGUCCUGCGCAGCUCUAAAGCCACCCAAUUUAGUUUGUGUGGCGUUUUCCAAUGCCACCCAGCGUGUGAUUGAUGUAUGAUGUGGUAAGAAUAUAUUCCAGCGUGAACAACCCCUAUAUGAGUUCAGGAUGCAGUUCAGGACGGUUCGCGAACUCUCCAUUGCGAACAUGGUUUUGCCAUAGCAUAUGUAUACUAUGACUGGCUAUUGUUUAUGAGUACACAUUGCGCUCGCUGUUAUGUUGUACUGGUAGUCUGUUGUAUACGCUAAAGGAAGAGUAACACUCAUUGUAUUUUCGAGUGUGUAUUUGAGUGUGUGACAAAGCUUCGGCUCGGCAAAGCGUACGUAGUGCGCUGGACGACUCGUAGUACUCGUAAGCGUAUGUCGAACCGUAGUACACUACGUUCGUUUUUUACGUACAACUAGCAAAGCUUAUACAAAUUUCUUAAAAACUUCCCAGCCAGUCAGCUCGCCAGCACUAUACUAUAAUGAUGAGCAUAUUGAGUACUUGGUUAUUGCAGCUGCUGUUAGCGCUGCCGCCGCGACGCUGAGAGCAUGUCCUUUGCAGCUGGCUGACUGGCUGGCUGACUGGCGCUAAGGACACAUAUGCCUAUGGCUUCCACCCUUAAUCGUCAUCAUCGGGCAUUACUACCUUCUAGCUAUAAAUAGUAGUAUUUCCUGCGCAGCACUUUUACUCGUUCGUUUAUGAAUGCUUUGCUGGCGCUGGCUUUAUGUUGUUUGUGCUCAUCACUUCCAGGAUUCAGUCAUCAGGCAGGCUUCGUCAGGAUAUCUCGUGUUAUUUUGCGUGCAACGUAAAGUUUGAAAUAUACACAAGCAUAUAUGUAUAUUUUGUAUAAAAUAUAUGUACACAUAUAUUAAUAUUCGCUAGAUUUUGCUCUGCCCUGAAGUGUAAAAGAUAUGUGGUAGUGGAGUUUAAAAAUGGCGCUGUGUCUAUUCAAAAUUGCCUUCGUCUGAAAAGCGUCAAUGGUUGAAUGAUUACUUCGUGAAUUUUUACGCGUAUACAUACGAAAAAGUGCUUGAUAAAGACUUACACUCGCAAUUGCCAACAUAGCUUGUCGAAUAUAUUUUUAUUUUUAUCAAACAAUCAAAGAAGUUAUCAGCAGCGUAAAGGACAACAAGAAAGCCAUCAAAAUGUCUGAAACAAUUGCAGAGAAACCAUCAACAUACAACAACAGCACACCCUUGGGCUGCUAUAGGCGGUAUUUUUAUACCCACGGCUACGACGUAACGGAUAAUAAAACGAACGAAUUGUACCUACACCAAUGCAAAAGCGAACAAUUUACUAUGGAUGAAAGAUAUCAUCGUGAAGAUGAACGUUUGAAGUCAUUCGAAAAUUGGCCUUUACAAUGGUUGAACAAGAAGGAAUUGGCACAAACGGGUCUAGUCUAUACAGGCGAAGAUGAUAAAGUCAAAUGUUAUUUUUGUGCAGUUGAGAUCGGUCGUUGGGAACGUGAUGAUCAACCGAUCAAUGAACAUUUGAGAUUUUCACCAAAUUGCCCACUGUUGAGACGACGCACCACCAAUAAUGUGCCACUUAGUAGCGAUACACUGAGUCGUGUCUUGCCGCCGAUCAGUUACGAUGUCUGCGGUAAUGAAGGACUCGAUUUAGAGGCAAAUGAUGAAUCUGCAGAUGUUGUGCCACAAAAUGAUGGUUCUACAAUGGCAACAGCGGCAUCAGCAGCGAACACAACAGCGUUAACUUACCACUUUGACAGCAUAUCGAAUGAUCAUUUGCCACACAAUAGUAGAUGUAACAAUGAAAUGCAACUGUAUCGGCCCGAAUAUCCCGAGUAUGCCAUUGAAGCGGCGCGUUUACGUUCGUUUGAAGCUUGGCCACGCAACAUGAAACAACGUCCCAAGGAUCUGGCUGAUGCUGGCUACUUCUAUACCGGUAUUGGUGAUCGUGUCAAGUGCUUUAGCUGCGGUUGUGGCCUCAAGGAUUGGGAUGAUGAUGAUGAACCGUGGGAGCAACAUGCGAUGUGGUUCCCAAAAUGCCGCUAUUUAAAUCUGUUGAAGGGUCAGAGUUAUAUUGAUAGUGUUGCGGCUAAAUAUAAAGCGAAUAACAGUAAAAGCGCUGACUCAGUAUCAGCAACUGAAGCUGAAUCUGCUCAAUAUUGUCCACCACCACCAUCAUCCGAAAAUAUUAUCGUACAGCCCAUGAUUGCAACUGCUGCUUGCUCUUCAUCGUCUGCGACGGGGACAAAAACGCAAGCGACAUCUGUUGCUGCUGCUGCUGCUGCUGCUACUGCUGCUACUGCUGCUACUACGGCUGCUACUGAUUUGAAGACCACAGUUGCAGCAACAAUUGCCGAGGAGAAGCUUUGCAAGAUCUGCUAUGCCGAUGAGUACAAUACGGCGUUUUUACCAUGCGGCCAUGUGGUGGCCUGCGCCAAAUGCGCGUCUUCGGUCUCGAAGUGCCCGGUUUGCCGGAAACCCUUUACAAAUGUGAUGCGUGUUUUUUUUCCUUGAUCACCUUUAAGCACUAUUUAUUAAAUUACUAUAAUAGACUAACCUGCUUUGUAAAUAAUAAUGUUAACAAAUUGCGGAAGUUCGGCCAGUUGUGGUGAACAGACGGACAAAUUUAUAAUUAACAAUGAAAUGCUGUGCUACAACUGGCCGAAAACCAAACAAAACAAAUAUUAAUGUAAGUAAUUAUUCUUAAUUAUUUAUACUAGCUUACACCUGCGAAGUAUUCGCUCCAAACAUUUUUUGGUAUUAAUUAAAAAUAAAAUAUUUAACGAAAAAUUCCAAUUUUAAUAAUUUCACUUGUUUGAACAGUUGCGCCCUCUAAAAUGAGCUAAAAAUUAAAGAAUUUGGUAAAGCAUUUAAUAAGAUAUGUAUGUAUAUCGCUUGGUAACAAACAAAAAAACAUAUUUUAGAAAUAAGUAUAUAUGUAGAUAAAAUAAAAAUUCAUAACAAACAAAAAAUCACUCUUUUAAUUCCAUGGAAUGCAAUCGAA